GCCGUAUAUUCACUCCGCGAAUUAAUUGACUGUGACAACGCUGGCCGCAGUGUUUUCCUCGUCGAAAAUUCAGACUGCCGUUACACGAUAAACAGUCCUUUGCAGGUUCCGGUCGUUCCUGAGUCAAACCCGCGCCAGGCCUUAUCACAAUGGUCCACAAAGUCCUCUUCUGGGGCGGCUUUGGCAUUGCCGUCCGACUUUGGCAACUCGGAAUCGAGAUGCGCCCUAUCUUUGCCAAGGAGGCUCUCUGGGCAUAUCCCCUCUUUGCAGGCGUCGGUGGAAGCUUUGGUUACUGGCUCCAGGGUGUCGAGGAUAGACAGCUUAAGGUUCUCGCUCAACGACGCGAAGCUAUUUUGGAGAAGCGGAGGAGACGAGACGAGCGUGAAGGCCUGAGCAAGAUCGAGGAAGCCGGCACUUUGGCUGCUACAUCAUGAGUUAUGAGAAGGAAGGCAUAAGCCACAGGAUCUACGCUAGGCGAAGAGCGCGGGAGGGGUGUUGCAAGACCCAGAAAUAUGUACAAACAAAACACUCGAGGGGGUCCAGCGGUGGGUGGAACCUUGUGAUGAAGGGUCAAAGUCAUUCAUCAACCUGGUAUGAUAGGGGCACGAAUCAUAUAAUACUUCAUACCGGAGGAGAGGCAAGCUUAUUUUUUAUCCCAAUUGCAUUUCUUUCAAUUGUAUCUAUGGAUUGAUCCAAGGGCAAAGGUAUCUUUGUGUUUUUUCGCUGUUUGGGAACUUAAAGCAAUUUUUGCCCCUCGCAACUCCGUUCAUAGAAACGAUUGUAUCAUUGGUUCUCACCUGAUAUGUUGGCGUUGCAUUGGAUGUUGAAAUGAGGUUCUUAUUUGAUUGAAUUGACAGCAAUCAAUAGCAGCCAACUUGUCCGCAUAAACCCUCAUAUAGGAUUGCCGUUACAGGCUUUUCUCCUCUUCAAUCUCCUACCACAGUCUCCUGAUCCCAUUCUUCUUUGUUGAAGCAGGCAUCCUCAAGAAUGGCCUUAUAGCGAGCAAGCUCCCGACAGUGCACAAUCUGGCAUGGGUCAAAGAUGUCUUCCAGCUUCAUCCCAUGAUGAAAACGCUGCCUGUUUAAACACCUGAGAGCUAGUUUAU